AUCACCAUUUUUCCGCAUCUCUCUCUCUCCUCAGGUACGCUUAAAGGAGCUAGCUUCGACCUCGUUUACUAUUUUUAUUCUUCCUUGAAAUCGAAAACCCAUUCGAAGUAAUACGAGAAAGGAGGCGACUUUUCUUAUUCUAAACAGGACAAAUACUACACUGCAAAAUUGUCAAUUUCAAUUGUGAUUCGAGUUCGUCGUUACCAUGGCGAGAGGCGUAGGUGGAGUUUUGCGUAGAGCGUAUGCUUCAAGAGUUAGGAUUCUGUUAUCGACCCGAAAGUUUCAUACUUUUAGAGAAACUGAUUGUAGAUCUCUUGUGCCCACGAGCCGGUUCUCUUCGGAUAAUCCGGUUCGAAUUCACCUUCCCUGGAACGAUUACAGAUUUGGGUGCUUUGGGUUUGGUAAAGUUAGGGGCUUUUCGUCUACGGUGGAUAACAAUGGUGGAAAUGAUGAAUCUGAUACGGAAGAUUGCGAAGAAAGUCUUGGUUCUGAGAGUGAGGAUUAUGAUGAGGAAGGUGUGAUUAACGAGCUCGGUGAUGUAGAUGAAAGCUUGGUGAACGAUUCAGCAAGUUCUGAGACAGAUGGUAAUAACAGUGUAGAGAGUAGCGAGGCUGCUCGUGCUUUAGACGCUAGGUAUCAUGAUCGUGUGGAGCUAUAUAGAGAGCUUAAGGGAAAUGAAGUGCGUUCUAAGCUUCAACGUAGUGAAUGGGAUACAAUACAUGAGAUUUUCGGGUUUUUCACACAGUCUGGUUGGGCAGCUAAUCAGGCUCUUGCGAUCUAUAUCGGAAAGUCGUUUUUCCCAACCGCUGUUAGCAAAUUCAGAGACUUCUUCUUGGAGAAGUGUAAGAUUGAGGUUGUUCAGGAUCUUGUCCGCGUUGGACCAACAGAUGCAGCUGUUAGGUUCUUGUUCCCUGUGUUUGUCGAGUUCUGUAUCGAAGAGUUCCCCGAUGAGAUCAAGCGUUUCAAGAGUGUUGUUGAAUCUGCAGACCUCACGAAACCCGCGACUUGGUUCCCUUUCGCUCGAGCUAUGAAGCGUAAGAUCGUUUACCAUUGUGGACCAACCAACAGUGGCAAGACGUACAAUGCGUUGCAGAGGUUUAUGGAAGCUAAGAACGGGUUGUAUUGCAGCCCGCUUAGGUUAUUAGCCAUGGAAGUUUUCGAUAAGGUGAAUGCUUUAGGGAUUUACUGUAGUCUCUUGACUGGACAAGAGAAGAAACAUGUUCCGUUCUCGAGACAUGUUUCUUGUACUGUUGAAAUGGUUUCUACAGAUGAGUUAUACGAAGUGGCUGUGAUCGAUGAGAUACAGAUGAUGGCGGAUCCUAGUAGAGGUCACGCUUGGACAAAAGCUUUGCUUGGAUUAAAAGCCGAUGAGAUUCAUUUGUGUGGUGACCCGAGUGUUUUGGAGAUUGUGCGUAAGAUUUGUGCUGAUACAGGAGACGAGUUAGUCGAAGAGCAUUACGAGAGGUUCAAGCCGUUAGUUGUGGAGGCUAAGACCUUAUUAGGAGACCUUAAAAACGUCAAGUCCGGUGAUUGUGUUGUUGCCUUCUCUAGAAGAGAGAUAUUCGAAGUUAAAAUGGCUAUAGAGAAACAUACAAACCAUCGUUGCUGUGUUAUCUACGGUGCAUUGCCUCCUGAGACAAGGAGACAGCAAGCGAAUCUGUUCAAUGAUCAAGAAAACGAGUAUGAUGUUUUGGUUGCUAGCGAUGCUGUUGGGAUGGGAUUGAAUCUGAACAUAAGAAGGGUCGUGUUCUACAGUUUGAGCAAGUAUAAUGGCGAUAAAGUUGUUCCUGUUCCAGCUUCACAAGUGAAACAGAUCGCAGGGAGAGCUGGAAGGAGAGGAAGCCGAUAUCCAGAUGGACUCACGACGACAUUACACUUAGAAGAUUUAACCUACCUAAUCGAGUGUUUGCAGCAACCGUUUGAUGAAGUGAAGAAAGUUGGUCUCUUCCCUUUCUUUGAACAGAUUGAGCUCUUCGCUGCAAAAGUUCCCGAUAUGGCGUUUUCGAAGCUCUUGGAGCAUUUUGGAAAACAUUGCAGACUCGACGGUUCUUACUUCUUGUGUCGUCAUGAUCAUGUGAAGAAAGUGGCAAACAUGUUGGAGAAAGUUGAAGGGUUGUCUCUAGAAGACCGGUUUAACUUCUGUUUUGCUCCGGUUAAUAUCAGGAAUCCGAAAGCAAUGUACCAUUUGUAUCGGUUUGCUUCAACUUAUAGCCAAGAUAUGCCGGUUAAUGUCGCCAUGGGAAUGCCAAAGUCUUCUGCUAGGAACGAUACCGAGCUUUUGGAUUUGGAGAGUAGACACCAAGUUUUGUCUAUGUAUCUUUGGUUGUCUAAUCAGUUUGAAGAGAAGAAUUUUCCGUUUGUGGAGAAGGUUGAAGCAAUGGCUACAAAUAUUGCAGAAUUGUUAGGUGAAUCAUUGACUAAAGCUUCUUGGAAGAUGGAGACAAAAGAAGAGAUAAUCAAGGGUCAAAAGAAGGAAGAUAGAGGAUAUGAAAGACCAUCUUCACUAAUCAAGUUAGUUAAUAAGAGGAAAGAAGAAAAAUUUGGUGUGAAGGAGAAUCCCAAGAAAGUAACUACAUAGCCAACUUGCAGAAAUUUGAUCCCCAAACAAAAUAUUUUGCAGAGAAAUGGUUAAUUAGUUAUUGUUAAGCAAAAAGUUUUCUGGAUUUCUUCAAUUUUGGUUAGAUGAUAGAGAUUUUUCAUUUGUGUCUUUAGUUUCUUCUUACUGGGAAAGUGACUAUCAAAGACGUUUCAAUCGGUGUUUGUUGUUGCUCAUAUGUAAAUAGAGUGUAACAAAUUAAGAUUAUAUUAGAUUUCAUAUUAACAAAAAUUUAUUAUAUAUGCGUUAAUUUUGCUUGUUAUC